AUGAGCCAGUCCACUCUCCUUAGUCUUCCCGCAGAGGUCAGACUGAACAUCUACUCCUACCUCUUCGCCGACGAAUGGGUCUACAUUGACCCAUGCGUCUACACUUCACCUUCUCAAAGACGCAACCGCAAACAACAAUAUGGCGCACCCCUCAUGCAAACGUGUCGACAACUCCGUGACGAAGCGAGCCCAUACUACUUCGCCAACGUCCGGGUCUGCUUCGACGUUUGCAAAUCCAUCCAACCUGUGGGCCUCAUCAACUGGCUCGACGACAUCGGCACUGCGAAUGUGAAACUCCUCCGACACUUUGAGAUGCGAUGGAGUGAUUACGUCGAUAUCAAGCUCGAUCUUACUCGCAAGCCUGCAAAUCCACGUCGAAACACGAUCACCAAGGCGGAAGAGGACACCAACUCCACCAAGAAGACCCAACUCGGCACCAAACACGUCCUGACCGUGCAGGGCAUCCCUGAGCACGAGCCGGAGUACUGGAAGAGGAUGGGGACGUCUGAGUUUUGCGAUGUGCUUUCAAAACAGCUUUCGUGCAGGCUGGAGAGGCUGUUGGGGGCGAGGGAAGGGUUGUAUUUGAGUUUGGGGGAAGUUCUGGAGUUUGUUGCUGAAGCAGAUGGGCAUGCUGGGGCGCUGAGGUGGCUUUGGUUCUGGUGA